AUGAGUAAUUUGAUAGCUGGAAUUGAGUACGCUUUGCUUGCAGAGCACAUGGCUGAUUCCAUGGCCAAGACACUCUUUUUCACUUCUCUCCUUUUUUCGUACAACUUCCGAGCACAAAAGGGACGACUCACCGAGCAAGUCGUGUUCUAUGACCCUUAUAAAGUUUCUCAAUAUAAUUGUUGGACUUCCCUUUAUCUUGAUUGUGAUGCUGAGGCUGUUCGGGAAGACAAUCUACUGAAGCUUGAAGUUGCUGACCUGAAAUCCAAGUAUUAUGACCAGCACACUUCUUUUACUGCAUUAUGUGCAACAAUUGUGGUGUUAGGCAUCAAUGACAAGCUGGGAUUUGUUACAGUUGUGCAUUUAGUGUACAAGGAGUGGAUUCUUAAGACAAUUGAAGAUACUUAG